AUGCCUAUCGAAAAGUAUCCAAUACUUUGCGAGUUACAAGUCAGCAACGACACGCCUCUUACAAGAUCUUUGUACCAUGAUGCAAAUGCUUGCGUGGAGUUCAUACAGAUAAUAUCAAACCACAUAGACGACACCUUGUUACAAAAAGUGAAAAGUAGCCCUGCUCUCGGUAUCAUGAUUGACGAGAGCACAGACAUUGGUUUGGAGAAACACUUGAUUGUGUAUGUGAACUAUUUGCACGAUGGUGACAUGCACACUAGUUUCCUUACGUUGAUAAAACUCAGUGCUGCAGAUUCUGGCGUGGUAUACAACUCGCUUGUGGGUGUUCUCAAGGCCCGUGGCAUAAACCUAGAACGUGUGUAUGGGUUUAGCUCUGACGGGGCCGCAGUCAUGACCGGAAAACAAAAUGGUGUGUCUGUUCGCUUGAAAUCGGACAACCCAUUCAUGCUUGACAUGCAUUGUGCUGCCCACAGACUGGCAUUGAGUAGCCUUGAUGCAGCAAAGUCUGUGAAAGAAGUCGCAUAUUACGAAGGCCUGCUUCAUUCACUUUACUCGUUUUUUUGUCGAUCGAGUAAAAGACUUGAGCAUUUGAAAGUUUGGCAAGAUGUUCUUGAAGACCCACAAGUCAAACCUACAGCUGUGCACCAAGUUCGCUGGUUAAGUUUUGCUAACAGUGUAACGAAUGUGAGAAAAACACUGCACUCGCUUUUGAAGUCAAUGGAAAGCGAUUCCGAUGAUGAUGUCAUGGCAUUGUCAUUGUUUCAAGUUUGCAGAACAUACAAGUUUCUGUUUCUGACACACUUCUUUUCUGACAUCAUGUCGGAACUUGCUUUGGUUUCAAAGGCAUUGCAAUUAGAGAAGCUUUCAUACAGUCAACUUACUGGUACUAUCCGAACUGCAUGUUGUUCCAUUGAACAGCAGUAUUUGGUUGAGAAACCUUCCUAUGGACCAAACCUGCGUGAAUUUUUGACAACAUACGAGACACAAGAGACGUUUCAUGGGGUGUUAAUAAAACGAACCCACAAAGACACACGACUGCCUGUUGCGGUAUCGGAGUUUGCAGAAAUACUGUUGAACAGCAUUCAGGAGCGUUUCCCAAAAAUUGAAAUAUGGGAAGCAAUGAUGCUGUUCAACCCGGCCGACUUUCCAAGUUCCACUAAAGACCAGGCCGAUUAUGGCAAUAAGCAAAUCUCAGUGCUUUUGAAGCAUUUCGGAAAAGAGAUCGGUGGCAAAUCGCCGCCCGUUUGUGAAGAGGGAGCCCUCCGAGAAUUUUCUCUGUUAAAAAAUUACAUGUUCGACCUCAAAGUGUCAUCAUUCGAGGGGCUUGCUGACAAAAUUCUGUCUCAAGAAGAGAUGUGGGCAAAGUUCCCAAACAUGACGGGGCUUCUUGCCAUCUGCAGGGUGCUCCCUGUCAGUACAGUAGACUGUGAACGUGGGUUUUCAGCUCAAAACCUCAUAAAAACUCGUCUAAGAUGCAGAAUGGGUUUGGAAAAUCUUGACAAUUUAAUGCGCGUUGCCAUCAAUGGCCCUGACUUGUCUGCAUUCGAGCCCGAGGUUAUUUACCAGAAGUGGCGUUCAGUGAAGAAUCGGCAAAUAUUUUGCAACAACAAGAAGCUUGAUAAGUUAAUAAACAUGUAA